AUCUAUCUACGUAUUAUAAAUAUCAACGAGUUCUAUAUAUAAACUCUAAUAUUAUACACAUUUUUAGAUCUUUGUUCGAAAAUGGGAAGACCGCCAUGUUGUGACAAAGUAGGGAUGAGGAAGGGAAGAUGGACUAGUGAAGAAGACGCGAUACUCGAAAAAUACAUUCAAGCCCAUGGUGAAGGCUCUUGGAGGUCAAUACCAAAAAAUGCAGGAUUGUUGAGAUGCGGAAAGAGUUGCAGAUUGAGAUGGAUUAAUUAUUUGCGGUCCGACAUAAGGAGAGGUAAUAUUUCAAAGGAAGAGGAAAAACUUAUAGCCAACUUACAUGCAGCUUUAGGCAACAGGUGGUCUUUGAUUGCUGCCCAGCUACCUGGGCGAACAGACAACGAUAUCAAAAACUACUGGAACUGUCACCUUAGACGGAAAAUUCUCCCAUCAAGACGACCAUCAAAUCCGCCAACAAUCAUAAUCAUCACCCCAACCGUCAACAAACGUAAAGGAAGAACCAGCCGGUCUAACAUGAAGAUCAAUAAAACUCAUAGAACACCAUCUAUUAAAAUUGUCCAUAAUAAGGGUGUUCCUUCAUAUGAACAACUACUUAAAAAGUCAGUUGACGACACAAUGCCUUUUGUAGAAAAGGAAAUGAUGACGUCGGCUAUAGAAAAGGAGAGUGACAAUUCGAUAAAUCCUUGCGAUUACUUAGAUUAUGAGCACAUAAUGAAUAUAUGUCGUGAUGAGACCGACACUCAUGAGGUGAUUGAUGAUGAUGAUGACAUGCUAGGAUUUAUUGAUAUAAUGGAGCAGGGAAAGUUAAUGGACCCGAAUGGUGAGGGUGAGCCCAAGAGUUCAGUUGGAGGAAAGGAAAUAAAAGAAAUUGUAAGUCAAGAAGUGGAAAUUGGUGCUACAAGCAGCUCAUCAACGACCGAUUCGUAUAAUUCAGGUGAUCAGAAUUGGGAUUUUAAUCAUGAAGAUGGUGUGUUCGGAUUAGGGGGUGGAGAAGAAGAUAACAAAUUGUCAUGGCCAUGGAAUAGUGCUACAACUUAUAAUGACAGUUUUUUAGAGUUAGAGGCAUGGCUUCUAUCCUAAUUAUUACGAGUUAUAUAUAUAGCUAGAUAGUGUAGUUUGGGACAUAUUAAUUAGACGAUCUAUAUUUGUCAUAUGAGAUAAUCUUUGUAAUGU